GAAUGGAAAGCAGAAGGAGCGAGGAGGGAUCUGGAGGGAGCGAGGAGAGAUCCUGAGGGGUUGAGGCCGGCAAGCACACGGUGAAAGAAACUAGAGAAAAAGGAAAGGGCAGAACCCCUGCCCACCUGACCCCAGCCCACGGGGACAGCUCACCCAUUUCGUAACUCAUUUACCAUCUGCACCGCCAGCCUCCAGCCUAGCUUGACCCUGCCCUGGGGCACAGAGCCCUAAUCCUCCAGUCUCUCUGUUCCUUGUCCACAGGCCAGCAAGUAGGAUUCUGGUGGCUGCACCGUAUAAGGCUCUGCGCUCGGCCAGCAGCCUGGAGAGUCACCGAGGGAUGAGGACGCUACAGGCCGGGGGAGCUCCCUUUCUGUUCUCGCGGCCCCGAGCGCACAGCGCCCAGGAGCCCGGCAGAGCCUGACGCCCUGUCGUCUCCCCUCGCGCACAGGGCUCCGCGAGUGAUCCGACCGGCCAGCUCCCUGCUGCAUGGAACGGCUGCAGAAGCAACCACUCACCUCCCCUGGGAGCGUCAGCUCCUCCCGAGGCUCCAGUGUUCCAGGCUCUCCCUCCAGCAUCGCGGCCAAGAUGGACAACCAGGUGCUGGCCUACAAAGACUUGGCUGCCAUCCCCAAGGACAAGGCCAUCCUGGACAUCGAGAGGCCUGACCUCAUGAUCUACGAGCCCCACUUUACCUAUUCUCUCUUGGAACACGUGGAGCUGCCCAGAAGCCGGGAGCGCUCGCUGUCACCCAAAUCCACAUCUCCCCCUCCAUCCCCAGAGGUGUGGGCAGACAGCCGGUCCCCUGGAACCAUUUCUCAGGCUUCAGCCCCAAGAACCACUGGGACCCCCCGGACCAGCCUGCCCCAUUUCCACCAUCCUGAGACCACCCACCCAGAUUCCAACAUCUACAAGAAGCCACCCAUCUACAGGCAGAGAGAGCCCACGGGCGGCAGCCCUCAGAGCAAGCACCUCAUCGAGGACCUCAUCAUCGAGUCAUCCAAGUUCCCAGCCGCCCAGCCUCCCGACCCCAACCAGCCAGCCAAGAUCGAGACGGACUACUGGCCAUGCCCCCCGUCAUUGGCCGUUGUGGAGACAGAGUGGAGGAAGCGGAAGGCCGAAAGGAGGGGGGCAGAGGAGGAGGAAGAGGAGGAGGAGGAUGACUCCGGGGAUGAGAUGAAGGCUCUCAGGGAGCGCCAGAGAGAGGAGCUCAGUAAGGUUACUUCCAACUUGGGAAAGAUGAUCUUGAAAGAAGAGAUGGAAAAGUCAUUGCCUAUCCGGAGGAAAACCCGCUCUCUGCCUGAUCGGACACCGUUUCAUACCGCCUUGCAGGCAGGAACGUCUAAGUCGUCUUCCCUCCCAGCCUACGGCAGGACCACCCUGAGCCGGCUACAGUCCACGGACUUCAGCCCGUCUGGGAGUGAGGCAGAAAGCCCAGGCCUGCAGAACGGAGAGGGCCAGAGUGGGAGGAUGGACCGGGGGAACUCCCUGCCCUGUGUGCUGGAGCAGAAGAUCUAUCCUUACGAAAUGCUGGUGGUGACCAACAGGGGGCGGACCAAGUUGCCUCCAGGUGUGGAUCGGAUGAGGCUUGAGAGGCACCUGUCGGCUGAGGACUUCUCGAGGGUAUUUUCCAUGUCUCCCGAAGAGUUUGGCAAGCUGGCUCUGUGGAAGCGAAACGAGCUCAAGAAAAAGGCCUCCCUCUUCUGACAGCCCCCACCUGCUCCAUGACUGACCCUCGGCUCUCUUGCUUCUGAGCUCUGGAGCUGGGGUCACUGGAUCCCAAAGCAUCAUCUCUGGGGGAGCAUGGAAGUGGGGCAGAGGUGGGGUUGGCUCCACUGCCCAGGUCAAGGGGAAGCAGGACCUGUGCAGUGUUGGGGUUGUGGGACAUGGACUUCCUUCCCCAUUAUAAGCCAGCAGGGGGCUCUCACCUCUCUCAUCCCUGGUCCUCACUGCACUGGGCAAACCCAGUCUGGACUCCAGCACACACAGAGUUAAUGUUUGCACCUUCUCCCUGUCCCCUACCCCCCACAGGAAGGUCCCCAAAAGAGAGUGAUGAGAAAGGAACAUGGCACUUGGUAGUCAGGCCUGGCUGCUGUCCUGACCAAUGGGUGGGGAGAACCCUUGGACCUAGGAGGAGGCGGGUGAGGGUGGGAAGCAGCUAGGCAGGCAGAGAGAGCCCCAGGACCCUGUGUGCAUCCAAGCAUUCCUCCGCAGCUCACCUUGGACAGGUUGCCCUGCACCUGAGCCUCCUGCCUCUCUGACUCCAGCAGGAGCAGCGCUCAGCCUCCACCAGGGAGGCCACCUGGCCCUCCAGCUCGCCCUGUCUGCUCUUUGCGACCCCCAAGCUUCAAAGCUCUUGCUCCAGCCCUGUGGCUUCCCCAGAAGCCUUGGCUUAGAGUGGAGAUGUUGCCUAUACAGACCCCCAGGCCACCAUCAGCCUCCAGGCAAAGUCAGGUAGAAUGCUACCUUCUAGCACCCAGGUCUGGGGCAGAACCCAAGCCGUCGGGCUCUCUUGAAUGGGACCAAGAGGCCAGGCUGAGAGUCCUGGCUACCAGGUCCCACCCCCGCCCCCCACCGUGCAUCCCCCACCAUGCUCUCUAAAGAAUGUAAUUUAUUGGGGCACCCCCAGCUGCUUUCCUCACCUAACUCUACACCCCACCUUAAUCACGCUCCCAGCUUUUCUUCUCUCCAAAUACAUAUGUGUAUAUAAUUAUAUAUAUAUUUUUUGCCCGGGUCUGGGUUUUGUUCCUGCCCAGACCCCGCCAUCCCUUUCCACUGUGUGUGUGUGUGAUCAUGCUUGGGGAGGGGGACUCUGCUUGGAAUUAAAAGGUUGCAUUGGGGCCCCAAA